GAGGCGCACCUCGCUCCUCGCGCGUCCUUCUCAGGUGAGAGGAAAACAUGAUGGACGGAUGAAGUCUGACCGCACACAGCCUCAAAAAUGUGGACGGAUGUGAAAAACAGCAGCAGGACUGUAACCAGCGGCGGGAACAGCUCGAUGAUGGUUGACUCAGAUCUGACACUUUUACAGAAUGCUCAACACAGAAAUGGUUCAACUGCAGCUGCUACUCGUCCUUCACACACAGAGGACUCUUUAACUAGCAGCAGUGGAAUCAUCCCAGGUGCCAUUGCAGCCACAGUGUUCAUUGCCUUUCUACUUGCUCUCUACGCUGUCCUCUGGAAGUGCAUGGUGUCGCCACCACAAAGAAAGCACUGCAAGGUGAGGGUGAGAGUAAAACAGAGGACGUCUGUGUGAAGACUGGCUGCCAGUUUGGAUCUUAAUGGUGCGGACUAAAAUCUUAGAGCAAACACAGCCCAGAGAAAAGCACCAGAGUGACAACAUGUCGCUGAAGAAGAUCCUUCUUAUGGAUGAAAGGUCAAAUCACAAAAAACUGUGUUCCCUCAGCGGUCUGCUGGGGGCUCCUGUUGACUCAGAGCUCCAUGUUGAUGUCUAACACUUGUUUGGCAGGUCAGAUCGUGCUGAUUUGUCUGUGACUCUGCACUACUGAGGGACCAACAAGCUGUGUCUGAUAGAGAGGUUGUGGUCAAUUUAGUUUAUGUGGAUUUUUCUGCAUGCUUUGUACAGUUGCAUUUAAAUAUGUCCUCUUUUAUGGGUUCUAUUUUUAUCUGUUCUAAUUUCUUUAAGAUUUCUUAGGUACACUACUAAUGCUGCCAGAGUGUUAUAUAUUAGGACUAUCAGCCAAGCAGCUCUCCCUGGGUAUUUAGACAGCAUUCACUUUGGAAUUAGAAAACUGACUAUGAUUUUUGUUUUAUAUUAUCCUCUAUUGUCUUCUUUGAAAUCCACACUAAAAUCAGGAUGUUGUAACUACUGUAUGACUUUUGAGUCUCUCUAAUAAACUGUGACUUUUUUACAUCAAUGUGAAUAUCUGUAAAUGCUUAUAUGUGACUAAGUCAAAAAUGUAAUGAAGCUUCAAUGAAUAUCAUUUUUCUUC